GUUCUGUGACUCUGGGUGUGCUGAAAGUGCGGGCGCGAAUGGAAUGUCCCGCGAACGGGGGAGGUGGCGCGGAGACGAGGCAGCUGCAGCUGGCCCCGGGCUGCCAGGCCAGGGUUUGAUCCCAGGAUGGAGGAAGAAAUGGACUGACCUAGGAAACUGAAGCUGGUUGGAUCCAUGAGUCACGAAUAAGGGCGGUUGUAACCAACACUUCUAUGAUUAUGGUGUGACUAGUUUCGAACUCAGUGGACUAGGGACUGUGACUGGACUUGUGAGUGGACACUUGUCUAUGUGAACAAGAGCCAGAAUAGCUUUCUAACCGUUAUAUGGAGACUCUUUUCAGUUGCACUGAGCCUGGUACUUACCAUCCGUGCUUAACAUUCAAGGCAUUCUUGAUUCCUAUUUUUUAUAAAUCAAGUUCUAGGAAGUUAAAAAAAAAUACCUGAAUGAAAUAGUGCCACAAUGUAAAGAAACCCGUGUAGAUGUUAUGUGUGGUGGGUUCUCUUUAUUAUGGUAUAAAUAGAACAACAGGUAUUCACAGGUACUAAGUGCAUUGUGUGCCAGUAUCACCAAAGCUUUCAGUUCCAACCAAGUUAGUUGGCUUUUGGUUCCUUUUUUUUUUCCCUACUAAAAAAGUGUUACAAGAAAUGGACUCUGAACUCACCAAAGAGUAGUAGUGUACUCAUAAAAAUCAGUUUGCCAUGUUAGAAGACACGUUUCGGGAAGAAGACAUUUGGGAAUAUAAAUCUAAAAGAAAACCCAAACCAGUACAUCCAAAUAAUUGUUCUGAAAAUAUUUCAGAAUCAGUUGAAAAAGAAACAGAUGGAAAACAUCAGUCAAAAGGAAAAGGAAAUGAAAAAAGAACUUCAGGAAAGCCAGGCAAAACGAAGGACCACAAAGUGUGCCCUGCGGAAACAGACGACAGUCAGAUUUCUGCAGGUUCCAGUCAGAAUUCGAGCGGUAGAGAUGACAUUCAGCAGUCUCAAAGCAAAGAGACAACACCGAAAAAGCAAUGUAGAACUCACAGAGGCAAGCAAGUGACCCCAAAGACACGCCCAGUUUAUGCUGGGCACUGCCCUAGCUGCCAGCUGCCUUUCUCCUCACUGCUAGGUCAGACGCCCCGGUGGCAUGUUUUCGAGUGUUUGAAUUCCCCACCGAUCUCUGACACAGAAUGUCCCGAGGGUUUGCUGUGUACCUCCACAAUCCCGUCUCAUUAUAAGAAAUACACUCACAUCGUGCUUGCUCGAAGUCGAGACAGCAAGGAUCCUCUCAGCAGCCCCUCGGACGCAUUGGCGGCGCAGUUUGCUGCAACAGAACCGGCAGAGUCUCCUUGUAACCUUGAGGAAAGACGGUCUGUGCUCCUGAAAACUGGGAACUUAAGAAAAGUGUUAGACGACUCUUUGUUGAUGAUGCAGUGUCUAAAAACAUCUCAGCCUCCAGCUGAACCCACCAGGAAGAGUGCCUCUUCUCCAUGCUCUCAAACGUCACGAGUUCCACAGUGGGCAGAGUUUGCUAAAAUAGACCAGCUGCUGGGAGGUGGAUCGCCUCUUGCUGAGGUUACAUUAAACAGCCAGAGCAAGUCAGGGACUACAGGUUUGCCAUUGCCAGAAAAUGACGGUGGUGGCUAUGAGAUCUCUUAUUCUCCGCUCCACAGUGACGAAGAGACUUACGAUGUAGACCAAGAACUGGACGAUUCACAGCAGGAACUGUUUUUUACCCAAAGCUCUAAAGACAGCAGCCUAGAAGAAGAUGGCUCUGCCAUAUUUGAAAACCUUCAUGGUUUCUCCCCAAAGGAAGCAGAGGGGAUCCAUCCCGCAGCGAAGAGCCUGGUCGCUCAGGCUCGGUGUAGUGAAGGCAGUACACUAAAUGACCCUUUUCAGCUUAUCUCCCACACCUCGAGCAGGCUUUCCCGAGAGGACCCACCACACACAGAUGCGGCCUUCUUUUCGCUUUCACCUGCGUUGGCAGUGGGAGGUGCUGCUUCUAAUUAUCAGACCUCUAAGGCCAAGCCUGAUGAGCCAGAAAAAUUCCACUCACUUGCAUCAAGUCAUCGGCAACAGGAAAUUGAAACGUCAGCUGUUGGCAAUCAGACUUCUCUGCCGUUACUUACUAGUGCCAGGUCAAAGCCACCUGAAAAGGAGGGAGGCGAGCGUCUGCCUUUGCAUCUAACCCAGAGUCAGACUAAAGGAUCACGGAGUAAGGGCUUUGGUGCUCCAGGUGCUAACUGUGCCUGCAGGAACGCACAGAAGUGCUCUAGCAUGCCUAGUGACAAGGCCCCGGGCACAUUGCCUCCCAGUCCCAAGCAGAGCCCAAGCCAACCCUCUAAGAAAGUGAUGAAGCAGAUGGAUAUAGGUGUGUUUUUUGGACUACCACCCAAAAGGCAAGACACAUCACCGAGGAAGAGCGCAUCAGAAGGGCCAAAUGUCAGUCCAGUUGUGAGUCCCAAUGGAAAGAGGCCCCGGUUGUGCAAGAGGAAAGCACAGAGCUCUCUGAGUGACUUAGAAUUUGAUGCAAAGAGUUUAACCGAGAGUCAGCACUCUGUGGAACUGUCUGGAGAGAGGACGCAACCUCGAAGGAAGAGACGUAAAAAGUCAAAUUCACCGCGGGAAGGAACAGACCAGAGAAGGCCAGGUCACCUCAGUAACAAUCCAGAGUUGGGACCAGUCAGCUUCAGCUUCAGCAAAGGCUUCGUAAGAUGGGCUCACGGCAGGACGCAGAGAGGGAACGUGAGCGUUCCAGAGUCCUCUGGUGCAGGGAAAGUGAGGAGAAGGUGUCCGUUCUAUAAGAGAAUCCCCGGGACUGCCUUCACUGUGGAUGCAUUUCAGUACGGUGAGGUCGAAGGCUGCACUGCUUACUUCCUCACACAUUUCCAUUCAGAUCACUAUGCUGGCUUGUCGAAGGACUUCACGUGGCCUGUCUAUUGUAGUGAGAUAACUGGCAAUUUGUUGAAGAAGAAGCUUCAUGUGCAAGAACAAUACAUCCAUCAGUUGCCGAUGGACACCGAGUGUAUAGUGGAUGGUGUCAAGGUUGUUUUGCUGGAUGCCAAUCACUGUCCAGGUGCUACCAUGGUCCUUUUCCAGCUUCCCGGCGGCACUGUCAUACUGCACACCGGAGACUUCCGAGCGGACCCCAGCAUGGAGCGCUCUCUCCUGGCGGGCCGCAAAGUCCAUACACUGUUCCUAGACACCACAUACUGCAGCCCAGAAUAUACCUUCCCGUCUCAGCAGGAGGUUAUCCAGUUUGCCAUCAACACUGCCUUUGAGGCUGUAACUCUAAACCCACGCGCUCUCGUUGUCUGCGGCACGUACUGUAUCGGAAAGGAGAAAGUCUUCCUAGCCAUUGCUGAUGUUUUAGGUUCAAAGGUGGGCAUGUCCCAAGAAAAGUAUAAAACUUUGCAGUGCCUCAAUAUACCAGAAAUCAGUUCCCUCAUAACCACAGACAUGUGCAGCUGUUUGGUUCACCUCCUCCCAAUGAUGCAAAUUAACUUUAAGGGUCUGCAGAACCAUUUGAAGAAGUGUGGUGGGAAAUACGAUCAGAUUUUGGCUUUCCGACCUACAGGAUGGACACACUCUAACAGCAUAACUAGCACAGCGGAUAUCACUCCCCAGACAAAAGGAAAUAUAUCAAUAUAUGGGAUUCCCUAUAGUGAACACAGCAGCUACUUAGAAAUGAAACGUUUUGUCCAGUGGCUGAAGCCACAGAAAAUCAUACCCACUGUCAAUGUCGGCAGCUUUCAGUCUAGGAACACGAUGGAGAAAUACUUUAAAGAGUGGAGAUCGGAAGCUGGAUACUGAUGCUGUCUCCGCCGUCAGCUGGGUUCUGUCGGGCAGGCGGCAGUAAUGGAUCUAAACUGACUGACCGUGUCUCAGGACUGCGUUCCUCACUCGCUUUGAGCAAUGGUACAGCCAAGGUGCUGGGUGCCUCUUGGAACCGCAGUGACAGCUUUUCCCGGUCCCUUUCCUUCUUAACUUCUUCCCCUGGAGGCGACAGUCAUCUGCAGCAAGCGUGAAUGUCAGACAGAGAGCAUUAUCUAUGUAAUUAUGAAAUAAAACUUUUAUAUGAUAUAUAUUCUUAAAUAAAAUCUAAUAUCAAAUUUGCCAUAGCA